UUGGGGGGGGGGGGGGGGGGGGUAACAUUAAGUAGGUAGUGACAUACAUGCAUUGAUGACCACAAUAUAUACUGUAAAGGUUAUAUUAUACUCCCUCCGUUCCUAAAUAUUUGUCUUUCUAGAUAUUUCAACAAGUGACUACAUACGAAGCAAAAUGAGUGAAUCUACACUCUAAAAUGUCUACAUACAUCCGUAUGUGAUAGUUCAUUUGAAAUGACUAGAAAGACAAAUAUUUAGGAACAGAGGGAGUACUCUGCAAGCAUACACAUCGACGAAUCCAGGAAGUUAGUCAGGCCGAACAUUUAAGCUCUCGAAAUUUGUAGGUACAAAUGCAAGACUGGCCUACCAAAAUUCUUGAAAUUUAACUACUAAAAACGUGAAAAAGGCAUAUCUACUAACAUGGAAUCUUGCCACGUGAAACGUUCACUUGAUGCCAUUUUACUAAAUUGAUUCAUCAAUUUGCACGCACUGCCUUGAGCUAGGCGAAACUUGCCGUCACGAAUGGAUGCCGGUUAUCGAUUCACUUUUCUCAGCAUGCCCUAUGGAUUCGUCUUCCCUCUCCCUGCCGCUCCGGCAGCCGGUGGCGGGGAGGGUAAUCCCGAUGUCUCUGCUCCGGUUAGUAGUUUAGGUUAGGGUUUUUUAGUCCUCCGAGGUGCGGCGCUCGGACGGAUGGCGGUGCUUCUUCUUCUUCUUCUUUAAGUUUGUCUUUCGGGUUUUGAUUCUCCUCGAGUUUGUCCGCUUGGACUUGGAAUCUUAAAGUGUGGUAGAAAGAACUACAUAUAGUUUUUUCUACGACACUUUAGAGUCUUUCUAUUAUAUUAUCUUUGAAUCUACAUAGAAUAGAUUAGUAGAUUGAAAUAGUUAAGUAGUGUAAUUUAAUUUCUUUUUUCAUUGCAUCCACUUAAUUUCAAUCAGGUCAAAAUAAAAAAUCUAAGACAAUUCUUGACCAACCAAUCCAUGGAAGGAAAAAUAAUAAUAAUAAGAAUAGACUAUAGUAAAAUGUAAAAGGAAAAGGAAAAAACUAGUGAAUGUUUCAUGCUUAAAUAUCCCGCGAGAUGCUUCAAAAGAGCAUUAAAAUUAUUGUAAGAAUAAGGAAAGAGUAUAAAACAAAUGGAAAAUGUGUGAUAUGCCGUGAAUAGUUCCGUGGAAGAAAGUCUUAACUUUUGUAUGUAUAGAACCUUUUUUUAACCAUUCGUUAUUUCUAGUAGAAAUUCCAACGGAGCUCCGGCAUAGAUUUCUUUAUAUUCGCAAAAAAGAAUGGAGGUCGGUUCACUGGACGAGUAAGUAAGUUUACUUUAGCUGGUGUUAGGUGGACGGAAGGAGCUAAUAAAGAACCAUGCUCAUAUAGACACGCGGAUAUGGUCUUCUUGUUGACUCGGUACCAUGCACAACACGCAUAGCCAAUUUUUUCCCCAACUGCUACAUGAUGCAUGAGUAUAUAAACACAUAUCCAGCCAGCCAUGAAUCACCACAUCCAUCUCUAGUUUGUAAAGAAUCUGGAGAGCUAGGGCGAUCAAACUGAUCCAUAGUUAGUUGCUUCGAGAAUUAGCUUCCAGCCAUGAGGUUCUCCACUUUAAUGUUUGCGUGGGCUGCGGCGGUGCUGCUCGCCGUGGCCGCCUUAUCGGCGGUGGCGGACGCAUCGCCUCCGCCGUCCAACUUUCUGAAGGUCGGGUUCUACAAGCACACGUGCCCGCAGGCCGAGGACAUUGUGCGCGACGCCGUCCGCCGCGCCGUCGCCCGGAACCCCGGCUUCGCUCCUGGCCUCAUCCGCAUGCAUUUCCACGACUGCUUCGUCAGGGGUUGUGACGGCUCUUUGCUGAUCAACUCGACGCCGGGGAACACCGCGGAGAAGGACUCGGUGGCGAAUAACCCGAGCAUGCGUGGUUUCGAGGUCAUCGACGAGGCCAAGGCAGCCCUAGAGGCGAGCUGCCCGCGCACCGUCUCCUGCGCCGACGUGCUCGCCUUCGCGGCGCGCGACGGGGCAUACCUUGCCGGCGGCAUCAACUAUCGUGUCCCAUCUGGCCGCCGUGACGGCCGCGUGUCAAUUGCCGACGAGGUGCUCAACAACAACGUGCCGCCUCCAACUGAUGAGGUCGCGCAGCUCGUGGCCAGCUUCAAGCGCAAGGGACUCUCCGCUGACGACAUGGUCACGCUCUCAGGUGCACACACCAUCGGUCGCUCUCACUGCUCCUCCUUCACGCAGCGUAUCCACAACUUCUCCGGCGAGGUCGGCCGGACCGACCCGUCCAUUGACAAGUCUUACGCGGCGGAGCUGAGGCGACAGUGCCCUCCAUCGACGGACAACCCGAGCGACCUCACAACGGUGCCGCUGGACCCAAUCACACCGCGGGAGUUCGACAACCAGUACUUCAAGAACGUGCUGGCGCGCAAGGUGCCGCUCACCUCCGACCAAACGCUGCUCACCAGCCCCCGGACCGCCGGCAUCGUUGCGUUCCACGCCGCCGUGGAGAAGGCGUGGCGGGCCAAGUUCGCCGCCGCUAUGGUCAAGAUGGGCAAUGUCGAGGUGCUCACUGGUCACGAGGGGGAGAUCAGAGAGAAGUGCUUUGCCGUCAACCACCACUAGUCAAUCAUUCUAAAACCAUUCCUAUGCAUAGCUAAUAUAAAUAUACAUAUGCUUGUGUGUACGUCAAUCGCAGUGUAUGUUAUUUGUGUAUGUGAUGUCAUUUGUAAAGUGAUUUUCUUGUUAGUUGUUUGUGUACGUCAAAAAGAAUAAUACUAUAUGGAAAAACUAUUUGUUGUGUAUGGGUAAUAAUUUUCA